CUGUCUCGUACUUUUUGUCUUUCAGAAAUUAGCACCUGGAGUUAGUCAGUUUGCUUACACAUGUGUACAGGACCAUCCAAUCUGGACUAACCAGCAGUUUUGGGAAACCACCUUUUAUAGCAAUGUACAAAAUCAAGUUCGUUCCCUCUACCUUACAGCCAAAGAAGACAACCAUGCAGUACAACCAAGACAAAAGGAGAAAAAUUCUGUAAGUCCAGACCACGAUAAGACAGCAAUGGAUCUGGCUGCGGAGCAGUUGCGACUGUGGCCAACUCUUAAUAAACAAACUCAACAGGAGCUAGUCCAGAAUGAGGAAAGCACAGUUUUCAGUCAGGCAAUUCAUUUCGCUAACCUCAUGGUUUACCUGUUAGUACCAUUAGAUACAAGUAAGAACAAGUUAUUGAGAGCAUCAGCUACUGGUGACUGGGAGAGUGGAAGCAACAGUAUUGUCACAAACAGUAUUGCAGGCAGUGUUGCAGAGAGUUAUGACACUGAAAGUGGAUUUGAGGACUCUGAGAACAAUGAUGUUGCAAAUGCAGUUGUACGCUUCAUCACCAGAUUUAUUGACAAGGUUUGCACAGAGAGCGGAGUUACGCAGGAUCACAUCAAGGGUCUUCAUUGCAUGAUACCAGGUAUUGUAGCAAUGCACAUAGAGACUUUGGAGGCUGUUCAUCGUGAGAGUAGAAGACUUCCACCAAUACAGAAGCCCAAAAUUCUACGACCAACUUUACUGCCAGGAGAAGAAUUUGUCUGUGAAGGUCUCCGUGUGCUACUGGAUCCUGAUGGCAGAGAGGAAGCUACAGGAGGACUGCUUGGAGGUCCUCACAUCCUCCCUGCUGAAGGAGCUUUGUUCCUUACUACCUACAGAAUUAUAUUUAAAGGCACUCCUCAUGAUCAGCUGGUGGGAGAGCAGACAGUGAUCCGGAGCUUUCCUAUUGCAUCUGUUACAAAGGAGAAGAAAAUCACUAUACAAAACCAGCUGCAGCAAAGUAUGCAGGAAGGCUUGCAGAUCACUUCAGCUACCUUUCAGUUAAUUAAAGUAGCAUUUGAUGAAGAAGUAAGUCCUGAAGUGGUGGAAAUAUUUAAGAAACAGCUAAUGAAGUUCCGUUAUCCUCAGUCUAUCUUCAGCACUUUUGCAUUUGCAGCUGGGCAAACAGCACCGCAGAUAAUUUUACCAAAGCAAAAAGAAAAGAACACUUCAUUCCGUACCUUCUCAAAAAGCAUUGUGAAAGGAGCAAAACGUGCUGGGAAGAUGACAAUUGGUCGCCAGUAUUUGUUAAAGAAGAAGACGAGCACAAUAAUGGAAGAAAGAGGGAAUCGUCCAGGGUGGAAUGAAGAUGAUGAUGUCUCUGGUAAUAGUAAAACAGUUUCCAUUUUUGUUGAUAUGUCUAUCUUGUCAUGCUUCAGUUUCAGGAUGUUAGGUGAGCAGUAUCUUCAAGAAGAAAUUGCAGUCUUCCUGGACAGGAAGGAGAAAGGUUUCAAAUAGUGCACUGAUUAAACAUUUUGUGAUGACUGUGAACAUACAGGGUAAAAGAAGAAGCCGUCUUCAUUCAGUGGUAAAGCAAAAGAGACUUUUUUUCUAAUUGCGAAACUAUUUUCACAUAAUAUCCUUAGAAAGCCUGACAUUGCUUUGUCUGUAAUGAAAAAGCAGUAAUUGGCGAGCUCAAGGAACUGGAAGUAUUUUAUGGGCAAAUUUUGUCUGUGGAAAUGAUCAGCGAUUUCUGAAGACAGCUGAAGACUUAAUGACUGAAAAUACCAUUUUUCUAAACUUUUGUUGGAAGGAAUUGGGGAGAUAAGUUAGAAAGUGAUUUGGACACUUUGUAUAGUGUAAUGGUGUGGACUUUGACUUUCUUCCAAAUACUACUUUUCCUACCAUGUGCUGCUGUCAGUAUAUCUUUAUCUGGACCAGUGCUAAUUUAUAAUAAACCACUAGAGGGAGCCAGAUUCUCCUGUACAUUAACAGGUAUUGUUUUGUCAUACCAUUCUUUCUU